AAUUGAUUGAUGAUCCCCAAAAAAGGCAGUUGAACUGCAUUUUGCCUGGAAGCCGAAUAUCAUUUUUAUUGUACUAUAAAAUUGUAAUUGACUUUUAGCAGCUGUUUUUAUUUAAAUACUUAAAAACCAGUAUGUGAAAGCUCCUCCUCUUCUAUAAAAACCCUUUCUGUUGACAAAAAUCAGUCAGAACUAAUUGAAAAAUGAAGUCACUUAUACUCGUAGUGAGUUUUUUGUUUACAGUUUCUCAGAUAAGGGCCCAGACAAGACCCCCCUGUCGUGACGCUUGUAUUACCCUCUAUGAUCCUGUCUGUGGAGAGACGUUAAUAAAAGGCAAAGUGUUGCGAUGUGAGUUUGGGAAUUCCUGCUUUAUGGCUGCCAGCGCUUGUACUCAUCGCAUCAAUUGGAAUCAAACGGACUUGGAAAACUGUAGACCUGCACAAAAUACUGAAAAGUGCAAUAAGUAUAAAUAAUGGAAAAACAAUUAGCAACUACAGAAUACAGAAUAAAUAUUUUUUGCUCACAGUUAUGAC